CAACACAAAUAAACACAAAUUGUAUAAUUCAAUUUCAUAUUCCGGUUCAAUCGGCUAGGGUUUUGCUUAAGGUUCAAAGUCAGCAGAACUUCUUUCUCCCUGAAGAUUUCGAUGGAUCCUUCAGCUCUUCAAUCCCCAGAAUUGCAGAAUUUUCUCAAUCAAGAGAAGGAAAGGGCCAUGAUCAAUGAAAUGGUUGGAAAGCUCACAAGUGCUUGCUGGGAUAAAUGUAUCACUGGAACACCUGGAAGCAAGUUCAGCUCCAGCGAAGCUAGCUGUUUAACCAACUGUGCACAACGCUAUAUGGAAUUGAGCAUGAUAAUUGUCAAACGUUUUCAGAACAUGCAGUGAAGAAAACGAUUAGCUGCAUAAUAUGCAAAUUUUCUCAUUGCUUUCUGCCAUUGAAAACUAAAAUGUACUUUUGUUUUAGGUGGUAGCAAUUACAAUUCUCAAUACAUUUGUUGCGACAAUUGAUGUUAGCAGAUGGCUAAUUUAUUAAGAGUCUAUUUAAAGUUAAUAACCUCUUUGAUUUUUUAUCA